CGCAGUGAGCCCGGCGGGGAGCGGAGCGGGGAGCGGCGCUCCGGAGGGCCGAUGGCGUUCAGCGCCUGGCAGAUCCUCUCGCCGGUGCAGUGGGCUCGGUGGACCUGGUCGGCGGUGCGGGGCGGUGGCAGCCCCGAGGGGGAGGACGGUGGGGCUGAGGAAGAGGAGGAGAAGAACUCGCCGGCGGAGGGCACGGCCCUCGGCUUCAGCUCGGACUCCGAAGGUAAUUUUGAGACCCCUGAAGCAGAAACGCCGACCCGCUCGCCACUAAAGGAGUUCUGCGAGCCGCCGCCGGGAUCGCCGGAGGCCGAGGCCAGGACCCAAGAGCCAAGUGGCCAUGGUGACCUGCUGGUAGGGGAAGCCCGCUGGGACAGCUCGCCUGGGAAGCACCCCAAAGAUGAGGCUCAACCGGAGAUCGGAGCCCCCAAAGCCGGCUCGGAUACUAAAGGGGAAACCGACCCCAAAGACUUGUCCCUGACGCAGCCGCCGGCUGAAACCCAGCCUCCAGCCGUGCUGGGAACCGGGGCUGACGCUGGCUGUGCCGCCGUGCCCGCUGCAGAGCCGGCCCCGGUGCCUGAUGUGGGCAGAGCCGCCCGGGAGCGGGUCAUGUCGGGAGAGGACCCAGCGGACACCGGCACCGGGCUGCUGGAGCCAAAGGCUGAUGCUCUGGCCCGGGAGUGCUCGCCCAGCGGGGGCCAGCUCGGGAGAGGGAAACCACCUUCGCUGGGGAGGAAAACAGAAGAAACCGCAGAGGAGACCCCAGUGCCCCAAGCAUCCUAUGGGUUUGACCCCGAGCACUACGAUGAGAGCGUAAACGCCUUUGUGGCAGGGGGUUGUCAGCUGCAGAGCUCCCCCCCAGCAUCCCCACGUCGCCUCCUCCAUCCCGGCAGCAGCCCCGGUGAGCUGGGGGGGGACCCGGCCCUGGAGCCCAAAGGGCAGGUCCCGAAACCUGAGGUUGAUUUUACAGAGGGGGGAGAGAACACGGAGGCCAGGAGAGCUGCGCCCAGGAAGGGCAGCAGGAUCCCGGCCAGCAAGCUGACGCCAAAAAGACACCGAGAGCCCCCCAAGAAACCAGCCGAGAACGCGGAGAGGGGUCCCACGGAGCCGCUGCCUCUCCGGGGCUCCCCCCGGCUGGGUUCCGUGCUCUGGGACAGCCCAGGUCUCAACCCCUUCAGUGCCAGCUCAGUGCUGCAAAACUCCCCGACUCUCCCCAAGGGCUCUUACCAGUUCGACCCCAAUAACUUUGACUCCGUGGAUCCCUUUAAGCCCACCAAGACCCUCGCCAGCUCCGCUGCCGACUCCUGCCCCACUGCCGAUAACAACCUCAAUGAAAUCCUCGAGUCUCAGACGCUGGAGGUGCAGGACGAUCUCGUGCAAGGCAGAGACUCCCCGAAGAAGCCCAAAUCGCGCCUGAUAACGACUACUGAACAAGUGAAAUUUCUCUGUUUUCUGUUGAGCGGCUGCAAGGUGAAGCAAUACGAGACGCAGUCCCUGGUCCUGGACGUUUGCGCUCAGGAUGAAGAAGCGUUGAUCUCAGAAAUCCCAGAUAUUGCAAAUCGGGAUGGACAUGCCACUGAUGAGGAGAAGCUGGCCUCCACCACCUCCACGCUGAAACCAGCUGGGCUGGAGAAGAAGGGCGAGCUAGAAGAUGACCUGGAGUACUUUGAGUGCUCGAACGUUCCCGUGCCGGCGGCGAAGCACGGCGUGGAGGCAGGCUUCGAAAAGGAGAUCUCCAAGCAGAUGGAAAAGGAUGGGCCUGGCAUCUUCCCCGGCAAUCCCGGGCUGUGCUCCAUGGACAAGUCCCCCGCAGCCAUCACCAGCAGGAGCGAGAGUCCCCUGGACGGCAUCUGCCUCAGUGAAUCCGAGAAGACGGCUGUGCUCACGCUCAUCAGAGAGGAGAUAAUCACAAAGGAGAUCGAAGCAAACGAGUGGAAGAAGAAAUAUGAAGAGAGCCACCAGGAAGUCAUAGAAAUGAGGAAAAUCGUGGCUGAGUAUGAGAAGACCAUUGCCCAGAUGAUAGAGGAUGAGCAGAGGACAAACAUGACGUCUCAGAAGAACCUGCAGCAGCUCACGAUGGAAAAGGACCAGGCUCUGGCAGACCUCAACUCGGUGGAGAGGUCCCUGUCGGAUCUCUUCAGGAGAUAUGAAAACCUGAAGGGUGUCCUAGAAGGCUUUAAGAAGAAUGAAGAAGCUCUGAAGAAGUGUGCUCAAGAUUAUUUAACCCGGGUCAAGCAAGAAGAGCAGCGGUAUCAGGCCCUGAAAGUCCAUGCAGAAGAAAAAUUAGACAAAGCCAACGAGGAGAUCGCCCAGGUGCGCACAAAGGCCAAAGCGGAGAGCGCGGCAUUGCACGCCGGGCUGCGCAAGGAGCAGAUGAAGGUGGAGUCCCUGGAGAGAGCCCUCCAGCAGAAGAACCAGGAGAUUGAGGAGCUGACCAAGAUCUGCGACGAGCUGAUAGCAAAGCUGGGAAAGACAGACUGAGCCUCACCGCCCCUCGUCCAGCACUCUGCACUUGGCCGCUUUUCUCGUAACGUCAAGCACCUUGCCUUAUUACCCAGGACCCCCCCCCAGCAGAGAAGCACACGCGUCCAGCUGCCUGCUCCACUUGGCUGCCGGACCCCUCAGCCCCCCCGUGCAGAGCCCGUCCCCACACUGACCCUGCCUCUGUUUCCCGGGGGCUCUGGGGCUGGGUUCCCCGCGGUCAGGCUGGGCGCGCGUGUCCCUCCUGGGCUUGGCAGCGAGCGGCCGCCGCGCCGUCCGUCUGCACGGGUGCCACCUCGCAGCUGGGAGGUGACACCCUGGGUCCCCCUCGGCCGGGGUGGGUCUAGUUGUGCCCCUAUGUGCUCUGUCACACAGGUCCUGCCCUGGGACGUGGGGUGACACACGGGGAAAGGGGACCUGGCGUGCAGGUGCACAAGCGGGGAGGCAGCGAAGGGGCUCGGGGACCCCAGGCACCCACCGCAGGUGGUUUGGGGCCACCGGUGUGGAGCCCCCGGCUGAAGUAGCCUCCCAGUAGAUUGAUCGGUUUGGGGGCAGGCAGUGGUGUUCAAGGGGCUGGUCCCAGUCUCUGGUACAUGGGUGAUACAUGGCACAGCGCAUCCUCGUCCCUGGCCGUGCCAGCCUCGGAGGAAGGAAGCCAAUGUCUCUGCAUUCGUGCACUUUAUUAGCACUUAGGAGCACUCAGGCUCUCUGCUGACUUCUUCCAUUUGGGCACGGUCCUGCUACACAUCUCCUUCCCCCAGGAGCACAGAUACGGCCACUUAACCAGUAGUAACUUAAGUCCUCUCCAAGGAGGACCUGGCCAAGGGGAGCACAGGAGGCUUCUGCACCAAGAGGUGGAAUGAGAAAUGGGGAGAUGUUGGUUCUGGAGAGCUGGGACUUGUCUGUCCGUCCUCCCCGUGGCCACCCUGCCCACAGCCCUGGCACCUCCUGAGGCUUGUCAGCGUGGAGUUUCUAGUCUGCUUUAAAGUGCACAAAGCCAAGCCCCUUGCUGUCAGCCCCCCCCCCACCGUAGCGAGGUUAGUUCCCCACUUUGGAUGUUGCAGGAGGAAGGAAGCAAACCCUGAACUACUUCACAAUUCUGCUGACUUAAGGCUCUUUUCCCCAGUCAGUACAGAAAGGCAAGGAGAAGUGCAGUACUGCCCUGGGUCCUGUGCUGCUGUCAAAAUUGCCCUUACAGCACUGAAUAUUAAGAGAACCAAACAAAAGCCAGCCUUUACAGGCAAAGGCAGAUCCAGACAGCAGUAAAAUACACUUUGAAAUCUGUCUGGAUGCAGCCCAAACCCUGACUUUCCAUGCAGGCAGGCUGCCUGCUCUAUUUCAGAGGUGUUUACUUUUCUGGACACGCCAAGCUCCAACAGAAAUGCUGAGGUUGCCUUCGCGCUGUGCCGGGAACCGGGUUGGGGGGCGGCUCUAGGGUGAUACGAUGCGUUUAAAUCCGUGUGUAAAUCCCACGCGUGCCCUCCUGGUAACACCAUUGCACGAGCCAGCCUUGCCCGGUGAGUUUGGCCGCUGUGCAGCGUCGCGUUUUCCUGGCCGCGGUGCCAGGGGUGUGCUGUGGGUGCCGUGGGGUGUGCUGUGGGUGCUGCACCCCGGGUCAGUGCAGAACCAUCCUGUCCUGCAGAAGGCAGAUUUAUGGGAUCGGGCAGUAGCUGUAGCAAUGGAGGAUUCUUUACUAUCGCCUUGAACAGAUAGUUGUAAAGCGUUAAAUAAGGGAAAUAUUUGCUGUUUGGACUGUUUCCUACCCAGCCUAUCGAAGACUUUCGCAAACCUUUUUGCUGCUACGUUUUUGUAAAAGAAUUGAGCUGUUUUCCUUCUAUUUUCUAAUUCCCUGUGUUGAGCAUGCAGCGCAAACAUCUGUUUAAAUCAGAGCCAUACACCUGAUAUAUAUUUUAUUAGUUAUAUUAUGUAUAGAGAGAAUUUAUUAUACACUUAAGCAGACAAAGAUGCUGGCAGCCUGCCCUCGCACGCAGAGCCUGUUCACCGCUUUCCCAGUUAUCCCAGUGAAGGGGCUGGUAGCUGUGCAGCGGGGCAGCCGAUGGCCGAUACCGCUCGGAGCUGUGCACCUGCGGCCGUGUGCUGAAUAUUCACCCCUUGGCACAGCUGGCAGAAAGGGAAAACCUUUUUUUCCCCCUUUUUCUUUUUUUUUUUUUCUUCUUUCCCUUGUCUUCCCCACGCAUCCCUCUAAUGGGCCGGUAGAAAAGCCUCUGCCAGAUGAUCUACAAAGACUAUUUCUGUUUGGGGAGCCAAAAAGCCAUCCCCAGCCCACGGGAGCGUGACUCCCCUUCCCUCCAGUUCCUCGGCAUUUGGGGUUUGCAGACUACAGCCCCGCUCUCCUCUUCUCGCGCGUGUCCAGCUCCAGAACAGCUUUUCCGCCUGGAUGCGAGUGACCCUGUGCUGGCUGCGGUUAGCUGGGCUGCAGCAGGGGGGGGUGGCAGCGGGGAGGGACCCCCGGGCAGGUGCUGCCCCGUGGGACCUUCCGAGGGGAAAUUAAAACCCUCAGGAUUUCUUAGGGAGCUGGGUUUUUUCUCUUUGCAACUGUUAAGGGAUUCAGAAUUCGAAGAGCGGGGUUGCACGAGCUCUCGGAGCUCCUAAAAAGUUGAUUUGGGGCUGGUGUCUGCUUUGGGGCUCUACCCGAAGGGACGGCAUUCGGUUUGUGUUUGCUGUGGCCAGGCUUGCUCGUUCAGGGGGUCAGCUCUGAGGAACACAGCAACCGGCUCGGGGCGUUGGGCUCGCUGGGAGCCUGACCCGAGCGCGUUUAAGCUCAGUCUCUCUCUCUCAGGGGUUGUUGUUCUGGCCCUCGGAGGUGGCAGAUAACUGCAGAAUUUUAGAUUUCACCCCUCGGCACUGACCCAGGACCCCAGCCUGCGUACAGCGCGGUCAAUGCUGCAGCCUUCCCUGUCCCGGAAGGCCAGGCUGUCUGUGGAGAGCGGCUCCCACGGCAAUAAUCCACGCUGGCGGUAUCCCCCCGCCCCGUCUCUGCUCCUGCUGUCUCCCGGCCCCGUUUUUCGCUGCCUCUCUCGCCCCAGUGCUGUCACGUUCCUGUGCCUGUCAGCAUGCACUUCCAGUCUGGGCAAAGAAGAUUCCUAAGGAAUGAUUUAUUAACUAUAAUAUGGUUAUAGUUCCACAUAUAUAAAUAUAUAUAUAUAUAAUGGUUAUAGUUAUAUAUAAUAGAAGGCGUGUGUUUGUAGCUGUCAACGGGCAGGACUGUCACAUCUCGUGCGUUGCAUCGGCGCUUGGUGACCGACGGCGUCGGGGCAGAGCGGGAGCCGGCGGCAGGAGCGGGGGGGUGCACAGCGACUCCCGUCUUGCGAGGACGACGGCAUUCAAACGCCGCCCCGCUGUUCCAGCCGAGGUGUGUAACCAGCGCAGGGAUACCCGUGCAUCGGGAUCACAGCCUGGUUGUGUUCGUCGUCUUUUUCUUGCAGUAGAAUUUAAAUAUCCCUUUCCGACAGUGGUGGGUGCCUGCCCGUAAGCCGUUAGUGUUGCUGUUUGCGAGUGUGCGUUUGCCAGCAGGUCUCUGUCUACAAUGAAGUGCCAAGGAGUAACCACCCUGACUGCAAAUCACUUCCCCCCCCCAUCCCCGUCCCUCCAGUGUGCCCCCCCAGAGGCAGGAACUUUCUCUGCAGUGACUACUACCCCGAUCGCUUUGUACCAUGUAUGUAACUGCCAUCACCAUCAAUUUUAUAUGUACAAUAAUUUCCCUUUUCUAUGUCAGGUAAAUAUUUGUAAGAGUUAUACUCACAUAAAUGAGAUUAUUAUAAUGAUUACUAAUAUAUUUUUUUUCCAUGUUUCAUUGCCUGAAUAAAAAUUGUGUUUAUCACUC